UAGAACACGAUAAAAAUAAAAGAUAUACGUAUGCUAUUGUUUGUUACCAAGAAGGCAUCCAACUUCUUCUGGAAGCGUUGAAAGGUGGUCAGGUUUACCCAGUUUCAUAAACUGAUAGAGGCAGAUGCUCUGAUAAAUGCAUAGUCACACCUUGCUAAUAAAAUGCUAAAUUUUAUGCCAUAUGGUUUGGCAGACAGCCAUAUCUACACUAGCAUUGUGGUUCACAUACAUCACAACAGUUCUUCAUCUGGAAUGUAGAAAUGACAAGACCACUAAUGAUACUAAGAAGAAACAUCUCAGGCAGAAAGCCUCUGAUUAUAUGGACAGAGCAGAACAAAUGAAGAAGCUUGUCCAAAAAGAAAAAGAAGCUGGAACCUACCAUGAACAGAUACAUAUUAACAACAAUGAAAGUGGCUAUAGUUAUGAGAAAGUCUUUGGUCCAUUUCUUGAAGACUCUGUCACGAGGAUUGAAGUUGAAGAUCCUUACAUACGAACAAUCCAUCAGACCCACAAUUUUCUACGUUUCUGUGAGCUUUUGGUGAAAAGGUGCCCUGAUUUACAGGAAAUAAUGCUAUUAACUGGAAGAGAAGAACAUGAACCAACAGCACAAGAAAAAAGAUUUACACAGUUAACAGAAAGUUUGAAGAAACACAAAAUUGUCCUCACAGUCAAGUACUCCAUGACUUUACAUGACAGGGAGAUCAGGCUUGACAAUUUCUGGGUGAUCAAGAUAGGGAGAGGACUUGAUUUUUUCAAAGCAGCAGAAAACAAAUUCAGUAUUGGGUUUUGUGACAUGAGCUUACGGCCUUGUUACGAAACAACAAUUGAUAUUUUUCACAGAAAAAGUAUAAAAAGAGAUUAACUUAAGUGGAAAAUUACGUAUUUACGUCUGAAAGAAAAUAAGAUUUGAAAUUUCCCUAAACUUUGUUGAGUCAUGCAGAGAAAAUUGAUUUUAUGAAGAAUGGUUUGUGUUUGAAUCAAACUAAAAUUGAGGAUGUACAUUUAUAGUUUUAAAUCAUUAGCACUGCAGUUAAAACCAGUGUUUUUCUGAUUUACAAUAGUGGUCAAGAUUUGUUGGCAUUUUCCACAAUAUGUAAAUGCAUUGGUAAUUAGUUCAAAGAAUAAAACCCUUAAACCAUGUGAAUUACUAAACCAGAAAUCCACAAAUCCUUGUCAACUAUUCUUACAUAUUGUAUAUGUUAUGUUUUUUAAUAAAAAUAUUGAGUUGUAAAAUUU